CUCUGUCCUCGGCUUCAUCAUUAACAUUGACACGAUGAUGACGAUGAUUCCUGUGCUGCUUGAAGGACAGCAAUAUGUCCUGACAUACAGGUUUAGCCAGGACCACUUGGAGCUGCUUUUCAACGCCAUCAGAGCAUCUGGUGGUUGGAAUAACAACCCUAAUGCCAGCCAGUUCAAGUAUAUCUUCCGAAAGCUGAUGGCCAGGUGUGGGGUUGUUAAAACAAGCAGCAAAGGUAAUGUGACAGCACAGGAUGACACAGAGUCCAUACCAGCUUUACCAGUGUCCUCUCCUGUUCAGUCGUACCACAUUGACACAUCCACCAGCCUGUCGGCUGUAGACAUGUGUUCUGCAGAAGGAGAAGAUCUUCCAUCCCCGUUUGCAGACAUUCCUGCACUUGUACAUGACCACAGCUACCUUCCCAAGCACUUCGAUGGUCUCGUGGACAACAUUCUUAUGUACAUUUCAGGAUUUGUAGUGCGACGCACUCUGAAGAAGCUGUCCUGUGAUGUCUGCCGGGCCAGCCUCGUGACGGAUGCUGAAUCUGCCCGAAAAGACCAGAGCUACCACCUGCUGACCCUCAAAAACAACGGAGGUCUCAUUAUUCCAUCUGAAGGCACCGUGAAGGUCAUCAGGGCAGCAGAGUGGGUCGUUCGCCAGGCAGCAGCAGAUUCCAGACGAUCACACCCCAUCAGAAUGUUGGAGGUCCUCCACAUGGUGCGGAAGAGGAUAGGCUCAGAAGAUGUGUUUUUGCUUGGGGAACACAUCAAUGACACGCGCUAUGGCAUUGACAUUCACCACCAUACACUCAGGAAGAUCACCUGGAUCAGCCUCACUGUCUUGGUGAUGGACUGGAGCAUCGUCAUCUUCGUCACUGUCACUGUCAUCACUGUCAGUGUCAUCAAACUCAUCCCACCAGCGGAAUCUUCUGCUGGGGGCGUCUUCACGUUCAUCCUCCUCCUCCUCACGCUGCCGUCGCCUUGA